AUGAGUGUCACACAAUCAUUGGAAGAUAAUCUUACUAUUCUUAAUAAAAACAACGAUAGUUGUGAUACACCUAUAACAUGUUAAAGAAGAAUUAAUUGGAAAGUUGAGAUGAGAAAGAUGGUGUUGACAAAACUCCCCAUUAAAAAGACUGCUCCUAGGUUAAAUAAAUCUAUAAAGUCUAAAAACAUACCAAAAAACAUUUCUAAGGUCAUCACUUAACAAAUUCUAAAAGGAUACUACAAUGAUCUCAUCUAAUGUAACCUCAAGACAUUUAUCUCUUUUAUUAAGAAAAAUAAAAAUAUUUUAAACUUACCAUCACUCCUUAGACUUAUAAAACCACAUAAAAAUCCAGAAGUCAACUCUCUACAUCAAUGUUUUAGAAAAAUAUGGUAUUAAUAAUUUUUUAUAUUUUAGUUGGUAUUUUAUUAAGAAACAGUAUGUCACCUAUGUCUUUAAUUCAAAGAUAAAAGAUCCUUAAUGGCAUCUAUAAUACAGAAACGCAAUCUUAAAAAUAUUUAGAAAUAUUUGA